AUGCCUGCGGGCCAGCACAAGACAUCCAACAACAAAGACACAAACAACACAACCAACAAACGCUCAACUAUCCUCGACACUGAAAAGGAGCUCUAUAACGAGUUUAUCGCUUCCCAUCGCCAUCAAGGUAGCCCCAUUACUGGCAUCGUCGAGGGCGAGCUCGACUCAGAUAUCGAAGAAGCCAUCGACAAGAAGCUUGAAGACAAGGAUCACGAGGACAAGAUCAGAGAACUCGGAAGGACUCUGACAGCUGACAAGCUUCGAGGACGUACUGACAAGAACACAAUGGCAGGUGGAAACAAUUUCGGUGGAGAGCAGCAAGAGUUUCAAGCUGGAAGUGGGCGUCAUCGCGGUACUGGAACUGGAGGUGAUUUUGCCUCUUCUGCUGCCGCUGAGGAUGAGAACUCGAACAGAGAAUAUAACGCCAACAACGACCGUGACGACCGUGACGAUGGCGAUGGCGGUGAGGAGGUUGUGGGAGAAGAGACUACCCACGACAAGCGCAGUCGUGCUGGUCACACGGGAGCGAGCGCCAUGGUUGGAUACGUUGACUCAGCGACGGCGAUGACUCGAGCCAAAUUCAAGUAUGAAGGUCCCGAAGGAUCUGACCCCUUUGCUAACGGUUCUCUUCCACCUGUGUCUGCACCUGACACACCCACACCUGUGCAGCUCAAGAAGGACGACGAGGGUAACCCCAAGUACAGGCUGGGCUCUGAUCUUUGGAAGAAGAUCUACUGGUCAUUUUACCCUUCGGAGCAAAGCGUUUUGGCGUCGGUCAACAAGGAGUGGCGGUCUCGGAUUUAUCACCUCUCUGUCUGGCAAAAGAUUUGUGAGGCUGCUGGUCUGGCUUUGCCUGCCAAUGAACUCGAGGCCCAUGGCUACGAGAAGCCCAACUACUAUCAGUUGGCCCACGAAAACGCAGACAUGAUUUGUGAGCGGUGUUACAAGAUGACGCGCCCUGCUGGUUCCUUCCGUGCUGUGCUCGUUGCGGCCACAGACGCAGUCGUCCCUUAUAUGAUCCGCAUGUGUCGCGAUUGCCGUGUUGAAUACUAUAUUGACCACCCUGAACCUGUUCCCGACGACGUGGCUACUUACAAGGCUGGCGAGUACACCGUGACGCCUCGGAUGACCAAGGGUGACGCCAUGAAGACUUAUCUCUUGAGCGACUCGGACGUUAUGUCGCUCCCCUACGAGAUUGGUCGCAACCCGUACUUUGGAUUCAACUCGCCCAUGUACCUGAUCGAAGAGCAGCACGUCCUCCGUUUGGCUCGUCUGGUUCACGGGGGUGAUAUCGGCAUCGCUGCUGCUCGCUCCGAUUCAGAGUAUACUGGCCGCAAGAUCCAUGAGCCUCAUGACGAUAUCAUCAAAUACCGCCGCAACUUGCCGCGAUCCAUGUUGCACAACAAGGGGCUCCACUUGCCUGAACAUGCAGCGAUCUGCAACAUCUACAUCGAGACUGGUCUCGGUGACCCCUUGGAGAUUGUUCAAGAAUUGGGGGUCGUCGAUUGGCUCCAUCGCUGCACAUCGUACGACCCAAGCCUCGACAAGGCUCACCUGCAGCAAGUCAAGCGUCGUCCUCGAAUCGACCUUCAUCGCAGAAAUCUCCCCGAAAGCGAGACACUUAUCAGCGCCAACUCUGGCGGCGUCGCUGUCCAGUCGAUCCAAAACGAGAUGAUGACCGAGGAAGAAGAGGAAGAAGACGACCACCACAAAGUGGCAGCCCUGGAUGACUGGCUGACCCACCGAUUGGAGCAAGGCCAGUACCGGGGUUACAAGCUCGACCCCGAAGGACCCGAGCGACCUCCCAAGGUGAUCUGGACCAUGCUGGACAAGAUCGACAUGUCUCACAAGAUGCAUGAAUUCGCGGCCGAGAAGGUCUAUCGGGCCAUGGAAAAGAAGAAGCACGAAAUCAAGCGCGAGGGCGGAUUGGACAAACUCAUUAAAUCCAAGGCCCAAGUCCGCAGCCUGGUCGACGCACUCGAGUCCGGUCGCAACUCUACUAGUCGUUCCUCUGAGCUCUUGCGUCAGAAGCGACGCAAGACUGAAAAGUCGGAUGGUGAGAAGGGUGAUCAAGGCAAGGAAGCCCCCAAGCUCUCGACGUUCGUGGAGCAUGAUCUGGGAUCGAACUGGCACUCUCAAGUUGUCCAGCGGGCCAAGGAGCUGGCCCAGUUUCGUCCUUGA